UUAGAAUUGGAACGAUUCACGAAGAUGUUACAACGGACGUAUUGGGUCUUAUUGGCCGCUGGCAAUGGCUUGUUACAUUUGCUUCUGUAACCUUAAUGAUACCUUCAAUGUUAAAUGAAUAUGAGGACAUGUUGCUUCUGGAACCUUCGGAGGGCAUAUAUUGUGACUUAUCAGAUACGACUUCGAUUACGAAUUCCAGUUUAUGUACUUUCACUGUACUGAACGGUACGAAGGAAAUCAAGUGCAAUAUAUGGCAUAUCAAAUUUAUGUGGAUAAUAUGGAUAAAAAAGACGUGGCUAGUUUUCUGCGACCAAAGGACGAAAGUAUUGUCAACGACGAUUAUAUGCAGAUUGGGUCUUCUAUUUGGCUGUAUAAUUUUCGGGCUUGUGUCAGAUAAUUUUGGGAGAAAACGCGCUAUCACAAUAGACGUCUUGGCAGACCUUGGAUUCCGGCUUAUUUUAACAUUCUGCGACACAGAAAGCUGGUUUAAUCUGUUAAUUUUCUUGAGAUCAAUUUUUGCGAGUGCAAACAUUUAUACAGGCCUCGUUUUAGUCUCUGAAGUAGCAAGCAGCACUUGGCGAACUUCUUUAAGCGCAAUCGUGUCAACCCCAAGACUUCUAGCCAGCGUAUGCUUAGUGCCCUUAGCGAACGCCGCCCCUAAUCUAGAGACAUUUAACUUCAUGGCUUGUCUCUUUGAUGUAUUUCUACUGUUCCUUUUAAGGUGGACUCCAGAAUCACCUCAAUGGCUUCUUUAUAACAGAAAAAUUCCUCAAGCCGAAAAAAUAUUACAAAAAGCUGCAAGAAUAAAUAGAAUCAAUGUUUGCAGCAACUUCAAAAUAAGACCAGUCAAUCACAGACACUCAGCAUUUGGAAUUGUCACGUCUAUAUCUUUAGGAACUGGUGUGAUAAUACAUGGACUAAUCCUAAACAUUACACCUCGUUUGUUUGCAAUAAACAUACGUUGUACUUUACUCGGAUGCUGUCAUUCCAGUGGUCAAUUGGGUAGCAUUAUUUGCUACCUCAUAGUAUCGUUUCAUGUGUUUGAAGAUGUUGUAUUGAUUGUAAUAGAAACUGGACUAUCCAUUGGAUUGUUACUUCUAUGCUACGUGAUUCCUGACGUAGAUAGAAGGGAACUACCAGACGUUAUAGAAGAUAUGGACUAUUUUUCAGAGUUAUCGAAACCUCUUCGAUGGGCGACGCAAAAAACGAACUCUCCAUCAAAUGAAGAAUUAGAGAUAAGAGUCUACUCAUUCGGCAGCACGGGGCAAAAUUAUUCUGCUAACAAUCAUCACAAUGAACGACUUCCGGCUCAAAGAAUUGGAUUCAGACGAUUCCUACCAUUGUUUCAGGGUUUUACGAAGAACACUCGUAGAAUAUUUCACAUAUAA